GUGGUGUCUCCUGUGGUGACAGGGUGGACCCUGGGUUCCUCGCCCCACAGCUGCAUUUUCCAGAGGCCUCCAGGAGGCUGCUGAUGCCUCCUACCAUUUGUAGACCGCCCAGCUGUACUGCAGUCUUGGGGCGCUGGCUCAGACCGUAGCCCAGCUCGAGCUUCUGACCUGCCUGUGGUGCACUUUCAUUUGUCCCGGGGGCUAGGCCGUGCGCAAGUGGGCGGUAGACCUGGUGCCACUUGCGCUGGCCCAACUUUGGGAGGGACCCAGGACAUGAAUUCAGUGCGUGGCGAGGCCGCGACAGGACUGUGCAGUUGGCGCGGCCAACUGCAGGAAGCCAUGCUUCAUUACACCCCUCAUGGAGGCUGGCACCCUCUCCCGACCAUUGUUACCCGCGGGCCAGUUCCCGAGGCCCAGGCCGUCAGAUGGUCUCUAGCGACCGGCCCGUGUCACUGGAGGACGAGGUCUCCCAUAGUAUGAAGGAAAUGAUUGGAGGCUGUUGCGUUUGCUCAGACGAGAGAGGCUGGGCCGAGAACCCGCUGGUUUAUUGCGACGGGCACGGCUGCAGCGUCGCGGUGCAUCAAGCUUGCUAUGGCAUUGUUCAAGUACCUACUGGACCAUGGUUUUGCAGGAAAUGUGAAUCUCAGGAGAGAGCUGCCAGAGUGAGAUGUGAGCUGUGUCCCCAUAAAGAUGGAGCUUUAAAAAGAACAGAUAAUGGGGGUUGGGCUCAUGUGGUUUGUGCCCUCUAUAUUCCAGAGGUACAAUUUGCCAAUGUUUCUACAAUGGAGCCAAUCGUUUUACAGUCUGUCCCACAUGAUCGUUAUAAUAAGACAUGCUAUAUAUGUGAUGAACAAGGAAGAGAAAGCAAAGCAGCCACUGGAGCUUGCAUGACAUGUAAUAAACAUGGAUGUCGACAGGCGUUCCAUGUAACAUGCGCCCAGUUUGCUGGGCUGCUUUGCGAAGAAGAAGGGAAUGGUGCAGACAAUGUCCAGUAUUGUGGCUACUGUAAAUACCACUUUAGUAAGCUGAAAAAGAGCAAACGGGGAUCUAAUAGGUCACAUGAUCAAAGUUUAAGUGAUUCUUCCUCUCACUCUCAGGAUAAACAUCAUGAGAAAGAGAAAAAAAAAUAUAAAGAAAAGGACAAACACAAACAAAAACACAAGAAGCAACCAGAACCGUCACCUGCCUUGGUUCCUUCUUUGACUGUUACUACAGAAAAAACUUACACAAGCACUAGCAACAACUCUAUAUCUGGAUCAUUGAAGCGCUUGGAAGAUACUGCAGCACGAUUUACAAAUGCAAAUUUCCAGGAAGUCUCUGCACACACCUCUAGUGGAAAAGAAGUUUCAGAGGCUAGAGGGUCAGAGGGCAAAGGGAAGAAAUCUUCAGCUCACAGCUCAGGUCAAAGGGGAAGGAAGCCUGGUGGUGGAAGAAAUCCAGGAACAACUGUGUCAGCAUCUAGCCCCUUUCCACAAGGCAGUUUUACUGGAACUCCAGGCAGUGUCAAAUCAUCUUCUGGAAGUUCAGUGCAGUCCCCCCAGGACUUCUUAAGCUUCACAGACUCAGAUCUGCGCAAUGACAGUUACACUCACUGCCAGCAGUCAUCAACCAAAGAUGCACAUAAAGGAGAGAGUGCAAGCCAGGAAGGGGGAGGGAAUGGUUUUACUUCUGUAGUCGGUCACCCUGUGACCUCAACUGUUACUUCACAGCCUAAAAGCUUUGAAAAUUCACCUGGAGAGUUGGGUAGUUCCAACCUCCCUACAGCAGGAUACAAGCGGGCUCAGACUUCUGCUAUAGAAGAAGAACCUGUAAAGGAAAAGAAACGAAAAGGAAAUAAACAAAGCAAACAUGGGCCUGGCCGACCCAAAGGAAACAAAAAUCAAGAGAAUGUUUCUCACCUCUCAGUUUCUUCUGCUUCUCCAACAUCAUCUGUAGCAUCAGCUGCAGGAAGUGUAACAAGCUCUAGUCUUCAGAAAUCUCCCACGUUGCUCAGGAAUGGAAGUUUGCAGAGUCUUAGUGUUGGCUCGUCUCCGGUUGGUUCAGAAAUUUCCAUGCAGUAUCGGCAUGAUGGAGCUUGUCCAACAACUACUUUCUCAGAGUUGCUGAAUGCAAUACACAAUGGUAUUUAUAACAGCAAUGAUGUAGCUGUGUCCUUUCCAAACGUGGUGUCUGGCUCAGGAUCUAGUACUCCUGUCUCUAGCUCUCACAUACCUCAGCAGUCAUCUGGGCAUUUGCAACAGGUGGGAGCGCUCUCCCCCUCAGCCGCGUCCUGUGUAACCCCUGCUGCUGCUACAACUCAGGCAAAUACCCUUUCUGGAUCUUCUCUUAGUCAGGCACCAGCCCAUAUGUAUGGCAGUAGAUUAAAUCCAAAUCCAUCCAUGGCAGUUCUCAUAGCUCAGUCUGAAAGCAACCAAACAGACCAAGAUCUUGGAGACAACGGCAGAAGCCUGGUUGGCCGGGGAAGCUCGCCCCGGGGAAGCCUCUCUCCAAGAUCCCCUGUGAGCAACUUACAGAUCCGCUAUGACCAGCCAAGCAAUAGUGGUUUGGACAAUCUGCCUCCGGUAGCAGCAAGUAUUGAACAACUUUUGGAGAGGCAGUGGAAUGAAGGACAGCAGUUUUUAUUAGAGCAGGGUACUCCUAGUGACAUUUUAGGAAUGCUGAAGUCAUUACACCAACUUCAAGUUGAGAAUCAAAGAUUAGAAGAACAAAUUAAAAACUUGACUGCCAAAAAAGAACGUCUGCAGUUGCUGAAUGCACAGCUUUCAGUGCCUUUUCCAGCAAUAACAACAAACCCUAGUCCAUCUCAUCAAAUCCACACAUUUUCAGCACAGACUGCUCCUCCUGAUUCCUUGAACAGCAGUAAGAGCCCACAUAUAGGAAACAGCUUUUUACCUGACAAUUCUCUUCCUGUAUUAAAUCAGGACUUAACUUCCAGUGGACAAAGCACCAGCAGCUCUUCUGCCCUUUCUACACCCCCUCCUGCUGGGCAGAGUCCAGCUCAGCCAGGCUCAGGAGUUAGUGGGGUUCAGCAGGUCAAUGGUGUGACAGUAGGGGCGCUAGCUGGAGGAAUGCAGACUGUAACGUCCACCAUUCCUGCUGUGCCUGCAGUGGGUGGAAUAAUUGGAGCUUUGCCAGGUAACCAACUGGCAAUUAAUGGCAUUGUAGGAGCUUUAAAUGGUGUCAUUCAGACUCCUGUCACCAUAUCCCAGAACCCUGCCCCCCUCAGCCACACCAGUGUCCCACCCAGUGCAGCACAUCCGAUGCCAGCUGCCGCAUUGACUAACAGUGCCUCGGGACUAGGACUACUGUCCGACCAGCAGAGACAGAUGCUGAUCCAGCAGCAGCAGUUCCAGCAGCUGUUAAACUCCCAGCAGCUCACGCCUGAGCAGCAUCAGGCCUUUCUGUACCAGCUGAUGCAGCAGCAGCAGCACCACCCACCUGAGCUCCAGCAGCUGCAGCUCCCAGGGCCCACGCAGAUCCCCAUCAACAACCUUCUUGCAGGCACUCAGGCGCCCCCACUUCACACGGCCACCACAAACCCCUUCCUCACCAUCCACGGGGACAGCACAAGCCAGAAAGUCACUAGACUGAGUGAUAAGACUGGGCCUGUAGCUCAAGAGAAAAGUUGACACUUGAAAAGCAUCUGAAGUGCCUCUGCUGCUGCUCUGCGCUUCACUGGCUGCUGCAGUGCCUGCCCCAGAUAGCAAGAGAGGCAGCGGGGACAUGCUCUUAGGAGGCUCUGAUUCAUUUUCUUGUUGCUUUGUUGCACUGAAAUGGAAUUCCUAUAUCCCCAUCCCCUACCAAAGUGUUUGAACUUUGGAAGAAAAAUUAAUAACUAACUUUUUUGUCAGUGAAAUAAUUCACAUGCAAUGAGUUUAUCAACGAAGAAAAUGUAAUGUGCUUGGUGCACAGCCAGCUUUGUUAUAAACUGGAGACACGAAUAGUAAAACUAAAGACUUAUUCCAUUGGCAAACCACUUGGUUUUAUUAUAAUAUGAAAUAUCUUAUUUGGGAGAGAGUGUGCUUGCUCCAUGGGGCAGAUCUCAAAUCUCGAGAACUGUCCGAUUUCUUCUCCUGGAGUUGUAUUCAUUAAGAAGUGAUUAUACAGGUCCUCGAGUGGGGCUUUGCAGAUGUUGUUUUAACACAUUUCUUACUAAUGAGAUUAGUACAUUUGGUGAUCAAAUUAGGAUGGAAACACCUGCUUUUGCUAACAGUAAUUUUCUUUUGCAAAAAAAGAAAGAAAGAAAGAAAGUGUUUUAAGAAAGUAGGUUUUUAAGUGUUAAAGCCUACUCUGUUUAAAGGGAUCUUAAGUUAAGCGAGUUCUGCGGCUGCUGCGAGAACCAGAGCAAUUGGAAGUGAAUAAUUUCUUUCAGAAAGAGACACCGAUGUGGAAACUGCUGGUAGGGUCUGGCCUUAAUCAAGUGCCUGUGGAUCCCUCCCUGGGCUGAAAGGGCCCUAGACAGCAGGGAAGACCACUUGUGCCAGCAGCCUUCCCCAUGUUUCUGCCUUUGCUGAGACUUUGUAGGGCACAGUAGAGAGCGCAGGCAGGCUGCUAACCCGGGUGACUGUCCACAAGGACACGGCGGGGGGGGGGGGGGAGAGCACGCGUGCUUGUUUAUGUCAUCAGCCUCUCAGAACUACCCAUCGGAACAAACGGGCCACCAUAAGUCCUGAAAACCUGUCUCACAGCCUUUCAGCUCUGGGGAGCCAUGCUCUUGAUUGGGCCAGUAUGGCAGACUGGGAGGUUCAACAAUUGGGGAUAUAAUCAUUGAUCUGUUUCUGAAAUACAUGAAUUACUAGUGGAAAAGUCCCAGCUGCAGUUGGACAGCUCCACUGUGUGCGAAGCUGCUCUGGAAGAACACGCUAGCUCUGCAGCCCGUCUCCUGGCGACAUUGCGCAUUCUUACCUCACUUCUGUAAAUACAGUUCGUGAAUCUGUUUUGUAAUGUGAAAAAUUCAUAAGAUUGAUAUUUUGAUUUGUAAUAUUUCUAAUUGGUAGAUUUAAUUGAAAAGUAAAAUUAAUUUAUUUUUAUAUGUUCAGGGGAAUUUUAAAGAAAGUCAAACCUUUUGUAGAUAAUUUAAGAGAAUCAGUGUGGUUUAUUUUACUUAUUUAACCCACUGGUUGUUAUUCUGUAACAAUUUGUAUAAAUGGUAAAUUUUGAAUGUGCUAUUAUUUUACUUAGAUGUAAAAUUCCACAUGUAUUAAAAUGUACAAAGUUUUUGUUAAUAAAAUUUAAUGAUGUUUAUA